AUGGCAGGCAAUGCCUCCAACAGCGACCAUCCGGAGGAUGGAGCAGUCCGAGAUGGCUCUCCGCUAACAUCCUCGGUCGACUUUGGUGACCGGUCAGCCUACGCCGAUGAUGCCCGCUCCUCCGCAACCUCCCCGCAAAGCUUCACCACGCGCUCCCUGCUCGUCGGCCUUCUUAUCGGCGCUCUCAUCACCUUCUCCAAUACAUACUUUGGAUUGCAGACAGGAUGGAUCAGCACUAUGGCCAUGCCAUCUGCCCUAAUCGGCUUCUCCGUCUUCAAGGUCUUUUCCAAAUACCUGUCGUAUCCGUUUACACCCAUCGAGAACGUCCUCAUACAAACAGUAGCAGGAGCGGUGGGGACCAUGCCGCUGGGCUGUGGGUUUGUCGGGGUCAUCCCGGCAUUGGAAUUUCUGAUCAAAGAUGGCGAAGAUGGCCCAUCGGGGGAUGGUGGUACCGGGGAAGGCGGACCUCUGAAGCUGAACUUUUGGAAGCUCGUUCUCUGGAGCUUGGGUGUCUGUCUGUUUGGCGUCGUGUUCGCUGUUCCGCUCAGGAAGGAGGUGAUCGUUCGGGAAAAGUUGAAGUUCCCGAGUGGAACAGCCUCAGCGCUGAUGCUGAGGGUGCUGCACGGAAGUGGUCAGGGCGACGAGAAGUCGAAGAAGCGAGUGGAUGACGUCGAGGGUGUCAUACGGCGUGAGGAGAGAUCCUACGCAUCGACUUUGGCGCAUGAACCCGAGGAAACCGGCGUUUUGCUGAGAAAUGCUAGCUCUGGCGAUGAGAAUAGUGUCCAAGAGGACUGGAGAUCCAAGAUGCGUCUCCUGGUGGGCGCCUUCGCGGUGUCCGGCAUUUAUGUAGGGCUCGUUGUCUGGGAACAUUGGGACUCUAACUGACAACAUGGCCAGACCCUUUUCUCCUAUUUCGUCCCCCAAGUCCGUGAUAUUCCUAUCCUGGGACUUUAUCUCGCCAAAAACUGGCUCUGGACCCUUAAUCCGUCUCCCGCAUAUGUUGGCCAGGGCAUUAUCAUGGGACCUUCGACCUGUAUGCAUAUGCUCUUCGGUGCGUUCUUGGGCUGGGGUAUUCUUUCGCCGCUUGCAAAGGCCCGCGGAUGGGCCCCGGGGCCUGUGGACAGCUGGGAAGAUGGAAGUAAGGCUUGGAUCGUCUGGAUCUCACUGGCCAUUAUGCUUGCCGACUCCCUUGUCAGUCUUGGCUGGCUGGUCGUGAGGCCUCUUAUACCCCGUGCUUCGCAUAUGAAAGACAAGCUCCUCCACAGCCGCGCUGGACGGCGGGUUCUAUCUGGAGGCUCGACAUCUUCCAAUCAUCACUCGUACAUCUCCUAUUCUGCCCUGAGUCCCAUCACGGAGGAGUCUUCUGUGCCGAGCCAUCCCGUCCCUUCCAUCGGGAGACACAGCGCAAUUGACGAGGCGGAUGAAGAUGCGCCUCCAUCCCAGCUGAUUUCUAACCGGACAGUCAUCAUCCUCCUCCCACUUACUUUGAUCCUUAACGUUGUCUGCAUGCACUUCGUAUUCGGCGACAUAAUGUCUCCACUGCUUUCCAGCCUCGCCACCCUGCUGGCGGUCCUCCUUUCCAUCAUGGGCGUCCGCGCCCUUGGCGAAACAGACUUGAACCCCGUCUCCGGAAUCAGCAAACUCACCCAGUUGCUCUUCUCCCUGGCUACUCCUGCCUCUCAUUUUUCCCGCCGUACCGCCUUGGUCACCAACCUCCUCGCCGGCGCCGUAUCCGAGUCCGGUGCCCUGCAAGCCGGAGACAUGAUGCAGGAUCUUAAAACCGGACAUCUCCUUGGUGCCAGCCCCAAGGCCCAAUUCUACGGCCAAAUGAUCGGCAGUCUUGUUGGCGCCGUGCUUUCCACCGCCGUCUACAAAAUGUACGUCAGCGUAUACGAAGUCCCCGGUCCGAUGUUCCAAACUCCCACCGCAUACGUCUGGAUCUUCACGGCCCGCCUAGUCACCGGCCAAGGCCUCCCUCCAAUGGCAUGGCAAGCGUCCCUUGUCGCCGGAAUCAUCUUCGUAGCCGUCACCAUCCUCCGCAUUGUCGCCUCAUCCCCAAUCGCCAACGGCGGCCGCAGAGAUGUCACCGCCCCCUGGAAGGAUUUUAUUCCCGGCGGCAUUGCCGUAGCGGUGGGAAUUUUCAACGUUCCAUCCUUCACUUUAGCCCGUGCCAUCGGCGGCUUGAUUGCCUGGUGGUGGGCCCGGGGACAUUCUAACAAAGCGGAUUCCGCCUCUUCAUCUGUUGUGGUCCUUGCCUCGGGAUUGAUUCUUGGCGAGGGCAUCAUUAGUAUUGUAAACUUGCUUCUGGCAAGUGGCGGGGUUCCGCAUCUUUGA